AUGGAAAACAAAAAGGUUCAUAAGAUGUUUUGGGAAAAUAUGUUUUUAAACAUCGUCAAAAGUUACAAUUUCAGCAUUUUGUACUCCUCCAGAUAUGAAGUUCAAUUCAACAUAACAUUACAGAAGAAUUUAACUGAACAACAUUUUAUGGUUCACUUGAUAAAUCGUUUGACUACAGUUGAUAUUGUUUGA